AUGGGUGUGACCGAGAACAAGACCGUUGUCCUGGCAUCUGGCGUCAAGAUAUUCUAUCGAGAGCAAAACCAAGUCCCGAAUUCUCCUAUAAUUCUACUACUCCAUGGCUUCCCAUCCUCCUCACACCAAUACCGCAAUUUGAUCCCUCUUCUCGGAGCCAAAUAUCGCGUGGUAGCCCCAGAUCUUCCCGGAUUUGGAUUCACCGAAACACCAUCGACCUUCAAUUACACCUUUGACAACCUGGCAACCACCAUGGCCGAGUUUCUUGACAAACUCUCCAUUACCAAAUUCUCCAUGUACAUCUUCGACUACGGCGCACCGACCGGCUUGAGACUCGCUCUCCAGCGACCAGACUCGAUCCAAGCCAUCAUCUCACAGAACGGAAACGCCUAUACCGAGGGCUUCGGCGAUGUCUGGGGUCCUAUCCAAGACCUCUGGGCUAGCAACAACGCACCCGAAAACCGCGCCAAGGUUGCGCAGGCUAUGCUUACUCUGGAGAUGACCAAGUUCCAGUACGAGAAUGGCUCUCCGGAUAUCAGCCGCAUUGCACCAGAGUCGUAUUAUCUUGACUACGCUUUGAUGGAGCGGCCAGGAAAUAAGGAAGUUCAGUUGGACUUGUUCAUGGAUUACCAGAACAAUGUGGCUCUUUAUGAAGAUUUCCAUGCCUACUUCCGAAAGUCGAGCGUCCCUCUUCUUGCUAUUUGGGGCAAAAACGAUGUGUUCUUCAUUCCGCCAGGGGCUGAAGCGUUUAAAAAAGAUCUGCCACAUGCUGAUGUCAAAUUGAUUGAUGCGGGGCACUUUGCCAUCGUCAGGAUCGUGUUCAACGAUGUUGGAAUCGACAUAAGUUUCGAAAGCCUUGGACACAUUUUUUUCGCCGUACAAAACUUCGAUGAAGUGCGCGAAUAUCUUUUUCUGGACGCUCUCGUCGACUUUGCGGCCUGGACAAUAUGCUGUCGUCGGAUAAAACGGAAGGUUCUUGCUGUCGGUAGGGUCGAGUGCGGAGUCGACGACGUCUCGGGGAAUUUUAGGACUUCCUUCUAA